GGCCUGCUGGGCUUCCGUCUUGAGCUCUUCUCGUUCAGGGUUCCCGCUGUCAUCAUGGAUCAACCUUCGGCGGCUGAAAGGGCUCCAAACGAGGCAGAUGCCAGUGACCUGGAUGUGUCCUCUGACGCCGGCGCACCGCCCCCGCACCACAGGUCUGAUCACAGCGGAGCCCUCGGCCAUCGCAAGUCCCGUCACCACCGUGUGUCCUAUCACACCGAUGUGCCCCAGCACCGUGGUGGGUCUCACCACCACAGUGAACUCCAAGACUCCCCUAACCGUACCUCCUCCGGCCAUUCGCACCUCCACCACCACCACCACUCCCCGCGGCAUGGCGGAGCCCACCGCUCCGCGUCCCCUGCCCCGUCUGCUUCCCGUGACACUGUCCCCUCCCGGCACUCCUAUGCUGAGGACCUCUCUGAUGACGAGCGCCAGCAGAGUAGCAGGAGGCCCAACAGUAGACCCUUCCACCGCAGUGAGUCCCGCCCCCCCGGGGGGCCCAGCCGCCACAGCAGGCUUCACCGCCUCAGUGACAUUUCCCACCACAGUGGGCUCCCCCCGGAAGGUCAGCCUUACUCCCACAGAGAGUCCUACCGUGACAGUGAGGCCUCUGACCAAGGGGGGCCCCAGCACCAUGAUGCUUACGACCAGGGCAGACGCCGAAAUCAUCAAGCCCCCCACCACAGAAGGUCUAUUCUCCAUGGAGAGACCCAUCCCCACCCCGCCUAUGGGGGGUCCUCCCACCAGGCCAUACCUCACUACUCCAGCGAGCACCGCCGCGGCCACCGUGGCCACCACGGCGAGCACCGCCACAGAGAGCACCAGCAUGGCGCCCAGGGCCACAACGGUGCCCACAGUGGGCACUACAAGGAGUACCACCACGCCGGCGCCUGGGGCUUUGGCCUGUUCAGGUCCCGCAGCUCGAUCAGGGUCAGCCCGGCCCGCUCUCCCUCGGCAGCCCUCCCACCUGGCCAGGUGCGCACACAGAGCUUGACUCGACCCCACCCUGCAGUGCACCCACGUGCUGCCAAGGACUCCGGCAAAGUUCAUCCUCAGGAUUCUGUCUCUAAAACCUCAGGAAGCUGGGCUGAAGAUGAGCAAUUUCAGAAGCGCAAAACCGGCAGGGUCCAGCGGGCUCACAAGAAGCUGCACAGUUGGUUAUGGGAAACAUUCAGCAACCUCUUUAACGGCCUGCGGAAAAUGCUCAGGAGCAUGACUGACUCCCUGGUCUUCGACGCCUUCAUCUUUCUUGUCGUCUGCCUCAACACCAUCAUGCUGGUGGCCCAGACCUUCGCUGAAGUCGAGAUCCGGGGCGAGUGGUACUUUAUGGCCUUUGACUCCAUUUUCCUCUCCAUCUACGUGGUGGAAGCUGUGCUCAAGAUCAUUGCUAUGGGCCGCGACUAUUUUUAUGACGUCUGGAACAACCUAGACUUCGUCAUCAUGGUCAUGGCCGUGCUGGACUUCUCACUCAUGCAGUUCAACUCCCGCUCCUUCAAGCGCACCAUCUACAACCAAAGCGUCUUCCGGAUCUUCAAGGUCUUCAAGAGCCUGCGGGCCCUGAGGGCCGUUCGGGUCCUGCGGAGGCUCAGCUUCCUGACCAGCCUCCAGGAAGUAACUGGGACCCUGGCGCGGUCUUUGCCAUCCAUUGCUGCCAUCCUCGUCCUCAUGUUUACCUGCCUCUUCCUCUUCUCUGUGGUGCUCCGGGCGAUGUUCCGCCAGUCUGACCCCAAGCGUUUCCAGAACAUCCUCACCACCAUCUUCACCCUCUUCACCUUGCUCACUCUGGACGACUGGUCCCAAAUCUACCUGGACAGCCAGGCCCAGGGGGCCUGGCACAUCAUCCCCAUCCUCAUGGUUUACAUCAUCAUCCAGUACUUCAUCUUCCUCAACCUCGUGAUCGCCGUCCUGGUGGACAACUUCCAGAUGGCACUGCUCAGGGGCCUGGAGAAAGUGAAGCAGGAGAGGGCCGCCAAGAUCCAGGAGCCGCUGCUGUAUGAAUCGCUGGCAGAGUUCAGCAGCGCAGAGGCUGAAGAGGUGAUGAGUGAACACGCCAAACAGAAGCACUUCCUUGAGAAGAAAUUUGGGACCAUGACUGAGAAGCAGCGGGAGCUCCUGUUCCACUUCCUGCAGCUGGCUGCGGGGGUGGAGCAUUACCAACAGAAGUUCCGCUCCCAGGCAUCAGUCAUUGAUGAGAUCGUGGACACCGCGUUUGAGGCUGGAGAAGAAGACUUCAGAAAGUGACCCCUGGAUGGUGACGGAGGGUACAGACUUCGGCCCCUGGCAUGCUGCCCCCUGGGGCGGGUGGGGCAAGUCCCCAGACAUGCUGGAAUGGUUGUCAAGGCUGCGGGGCUGGGCCCCAACAGAGUGUUGAAAGCCCAGCUGGCCCCGCGUCUUCACUGGCUGGGCCGGGCGUGGG